AUGGUGCCGCGCUUCCUGCGCCUCCUGCCGCUACCGUCCCGACUCGCCUGGCCCCGCGCGCUCAGCCUGGAGCCCGCCCCGCCCUGCAAGCGGGCCCGCGAAGGCCCGUCCAUGGCGCCGCCCCGCAUCGGGACCCACAACGGCACCUUCCACUGCGACGAGGCCCUGGCCUGCGCGCUCCUGCGCCUGCUGCCGGAGUACCGGGACGCGGACAUCGUGCGCACCCGGGACCCCGAGCAGCUGGCGGCCUGCGACGUGGUGGUGGACGUGGGCGGCGAGUACGACCCCCGGCGGCACCGCUACGACCACCACCAGCGGUCUUUCACAGAGACCAUGAGCUCCCUGGCUCCUGGGAAGCCAUGGCAGACCAAGCUGAGCAGUGCGGGACUCAUCUAUCUGCACUUCGGCCACAGGCUGCUGGCUCAGCUGCUGGGGACUAGUGAAGAGGACAGCAUGGUGGGCACUCUCUAUGACAAGCUGUACGAGAACUUCGUGGAGGAGGUGGAUGCUGUGGACAAUGGCAUCUCCCAGUGGGAGGGUCAGCCUCGCUAUGCGUUGACAACUACCCUUAGUGCCCGGGUAGCUCGCCUCAAUCCCACCUGGAACCAACCUAACCAAGACACAGAGGCUGGGUUCCAGCGUGCAGUGGAGCUAGUUCGAGAAGAGUUUCUGCAGAGACUAGAUUUCUACCAGCAUAGCUGGCUGCCGGCACGGUCCUUGGUGGAGGAGGCUCUGGCCCAGCGAUUCCAGGUGGAUCCAAGUGGAGAGAUAGUGGAGCUAGCCAAAGGCGGGUGCCCUUGGAAGGAGCACCUGUACCACCUAGAAACGGAGUUGUGCCCUCCGAUGGCCAUCGCCUUUGUUAUCUACACAGAUCAAAAUGGACAGUGGCGGGUGCAGUGUGUGCCUAAGGAGCCCCAUUCUUUCCAAAGUCGGUUGCCUCUGCCAGAGCCCUGGAGGGGCCUUCGAGACGAGGCAUUAGACCAGGUCAGUGGGAUUCCCGGCUGCAUCUUCGUCCACGCCAGUGGCUUCAUCGGUGGGCACCACACCCGAGAGGGUGCUCUGAGCAUGGCCCGCGCCACCCUGACCCAGCGUUCAGCACCUGUGCCGCCUACAGAUGCCUAGAUGUUAUUAAAGUUCCUUUCAUCUCUUACCAA